AGGUUUUUAUUGUGACGGUACAAGCAACGAUCAAGGGCUGGCAAUUGUGAUUACAGCAAGAGCUGGCAUGUUCCGUUGCUGAUGGAAGAAUGGCCUCAAAUGGCGUUUCUCGUUCUCGCUGUAGCAUGGAUUGAACUGUCAAAUCGCAUGUCACUAAUUAAUUUUGUCUUGAACCCCAUCUACAUACAGCAUGAAGCUAGGUGUGGUAACAAUUCAACUGAGUGCAAUGCCAUUCAAUUUCCUGAAGAAUUGCCGUGAUGAACAGCUGACCUCGCACCAAGGUCCUCUGUUUGCGCGGAUAGACGAGGGCUUACCCAAUAUGUUUGGAAGUUGUAUUGCUGUUGUUCCAUCUAUAUCGUCAAGAAGAGCCUGAAUUCCUGAACUUUUCACUGCCUUUCGAAUGCCGGGGUCCAUGUUGAUUGACUGGAAAUUUGACUGGUUCAAUGGGGCCUGCUGGAGGUCGGUUCUUCUUAGAUUCCACCGCAUGAUGCGGUGCUUCAUCGGUGAUAGAUGGUGCAGAAAGGCUGAGGGAAGCUCUACAGACGCUGAUCGAUCGAGGCGCGUGUUCGACAGUCGCUGGUGUUGCUAUGAUGGCUGGCAGGUCCGUCAUGGUUCUCAUAAGCCAUGGCGGUGUUUCACAUUGUACCAUAUGGUAACCCUUGGAUGGAGAGAAACAAAGUGCGAUAUUGCAGCGAUUGUGGUUGAUUGUUAGGAUUAGCCUAGUCUAAAGCGGGUGAUUUGUUGUCCCCAUAACGGGUGGUCGGCGAUCCCGAGGUGGGUAUGGGACAGGGGAUGAAGCAGUCAACAGGUGGAGACUUCCAAUCACUCGACGGGAGAAUACUUACUUAGUCGCAUGUCCUCAGGCCCUGGAAUGGGAAGAAGUAGGCGGUGUUUUGAUUGCGCAUAGGUCCAGUACCAAGUUCAUCUUUAGCGCGUCACCAUGGAUCAAUGGAGGCAAGUUUCGAUGUUUGCUCACAAAGUAUC